AUGUCGGACCACGCCAUUGCUCAGGCCAUUGUCGGGUUCCUCAACUCGGUUGUCGCCGCGCCGCCUGCUGGUGUUGACGGCGACUCGCUCUCGGUCGCCGCCGAGUGCAUCGCCGACGCCUUUGGCCUCGCACCCGAGACGAGCAACACCACGCUGCGCGACAUGUUUGCGGCUUCGGCGUCUACUUCUGCACCGGCGGCCGCGCCAGAGGCAAGCCCGCAACACUCUGAGCGCCUGCAGGCAUUCCUGGACAACGUCGCCGCCCAGGGCUACUUUGCCGGGGUUGAAAAGGGCACGCCCGAGUACGCUCAGCGCGAGGCGGCGGCCAUCGCCAAGUUCGAGGCCCGCCUGGCCGCCGCUGCCAACAAGGCCCCGGCAUCCGAGGCUGACAAGGCCAAGGCCGCCGCGCUCAAGGCGGAGGGCAACGCUGCGCUCAAGGACGGCCGCUUCGACGACGCCAUCGCAAAGUACACGGCCGCCAUCGCCGCCGACGACUCCAAUGCUGUGUACUUUGCCAACCGCGCCGCCGCCCACGCCAUGAAGAGGGACCAUGACGCGGUCAUCGAAGACUGCGAGCGUGCCGUCGCUGUCGACCCGACGUACACCAAGGCCUACCGUCGCAUGGGCGCAGCCUACAUGGCCAAGGGCAACCCGCGCGCUGCCAUCGACAACGCCUACAACCCGGCGCUCGCCGUCGAGCCCGACUCGGAGCUUACUCUUACCGAGCUUGCCAAGGCCCAGGCCGCCCUCUCGGCCGCAGAUGCCGCCUCGCCGGCCGCUUCCGUCACUUCGGCGGAGCCCGCCGACGCUGCCGCGCCCGGAGCCACGCCCGCCGGCAUGCCUGCAGGCAUGCCGGCAGGCAUGCCCGAUCUCUCCAACCUCGCGUCCAUGUUUGGCGGCGCUGGUGGCGCCGGCGGCGCGCCCGACCUCUCCUCGCUCAUGGGCAACCCUAUGAUCCAGCAGAUGGCCUCGCAGAUGGCAACCUCAUGGGCAUGA